AUGAUGUCCAGGACCCUGAGGCUGGCCCUGCUGGCUUUGGCCUGUACUGUGGACCUGAGCUGGGCCAGUGGCUUCACAGAUAACGGCCUCUCGCUGCUGAGCUACCAGCUGUGCAGCUACCCAGUGACCCGAAAUGUCCAGAGGCUGCAGGAGGUGAAGGCCUCACACACAGCCUAUGUGCACUGUGGAGCAUGGAUCCCGUGGAAAAAGUGUCCCAAGACCGUGUACCAGACCCAGUACCUGCCGGUGGAGGUCCCUGAGUCCAGGAAUGUGACCGGCUGCUGCGACGGCUUUGAGCAGCUUGGCUUCUACUGUGUUCUGCCCCUGAACCGGUCCAGAGAGUUUGCAUCAAGACCUGGGGUCUGCCCAACGGCAGAACCAGAAUCAUCUAGCCCACCGUGCAGCUUGGACACUGACUGCUCCGGACUUCAGAAGUGCUGCUCCUGGUCAGGGGCCCGCCGCUGUGUGGCCCCUGCACCCACAGGUGCAGAGAGGAUCCCAGUGAGCUGGUACAAUGUGACUGUGUUGGUGAAGAUGGGCUUCGAGGACCUGCAGCGAGAGGACCCUGGCUUCCGGGACCACACACGCCUGCUCUACUCUUUGGUUACCAGUGCCUUGCAGCCUCUGAAUUCAUCUGUACACUACCUGAACUCCGCUGUUGGCAGGGACAUCUUCACCACAGUGUCGUGGCUGCUGCUGGGCCUUCCACGGCGCUUGACGGUAGCCAAUGUCUCUGCCACUUUGGAUGACGUGGUGAAUCGAGUCUAUGAAGUGGUCAGCAUUCAGGUGCAAGAUGUGAACGAGUGCUUGCACAGGGAGCUCCAUGCCUGCUCUGGAGGAGAGCAGUGUCUGAAUAUUGAGGGCUCCUACCAGUGUGUCCCUACCCAACCGCCGAACCGCACAGAUGAAGGUGACACGGUGACCCCCACAGGAGGUGGACAGUCUGUAACAACAAAAGUCUCAGCCCCAGCUGUCACUGCGGAAAUAACAAGCCUUGGCCCAGACACCCUCACCUUUUCACCCAGUCCCAGGCACCCGAGGAGCACCCCAACAAGAAGUCAAGCCUGGACCCCAGGGCCUCCAUCUAAGAGAGGCAGUAGCAGCACAGUCAGGCAGGAGAUGAAUAGCACAGGGCAAGAUGCAGAGCUGCCCAGCACAGCCCCGAGCCUGGGAACGAGCCCCGGAACAAGCCCCGGAACAAGCCCCGGAAGUUCCAGCAGCAUGUCAAGCUCCUUUCCCAGGACUCCAGAGCCAACCCACGGUUCCCUUCCGAAGACCACAGUUGUCCCACUGCAUGCCACGGGAGGGCCACAGGCAAACCUCACUGUAGAUCCUCCCCUUGUGACUGCUUCACCCACGGGCUAUGUUGCAUGGCACCCCAGUCCCACUUGGGAGGCACCCCUUUCAAACUCCACAAGACUGCAGAAUGAAGACCCUCGCCCUUCCCUCUUCCCAGGCCUGCCAUCGGCUUCAACCCCUGUGGCUUCAGAGUCCCCUGCCUGUGUUCCUAGACCCAUUGGAAAGGUCACCGUCUCCAACAUGACCAGUACCGGCUUCUCCCUGGAGUGGUCAGCAGACAUCAGCUUCUCCCCUACCUUCUACCUCACUUUGGUCUCUCCUCGGGGACCCGCCGUGACUAUGGAGACCCGGGACAAUAACGUGACCUUGUCAGGGCUGGAGCCUGGAGCCUUGCACCUGGUAGAGAUUGUGGCUAAGGUGUGUGGGGAAGAAGGUUCCAGAAGACAGCUGAGAGUGCGGACAGUGGCCCGGAAACUUGCCGGUGAAGUCCGGAUAGCAAACAUCCAGUAUUCAGAAUCCUUCCGAAAUGCCAGCAGCAGGGAGCACCGAGACUUGGUACAGCUAUUCUUCAGGACGGUGCGGGACUCCUUACCAGCCCCUCUGUAUCAGCACAUGGAUGCAGGCAGGAUCCGAGUGGACAUCAUCAACAUCACAAACGGCAGUGUUGUGAUGGAGUUUAAUUUGCUAAUAAUGGCAGACCUGGAUGUCCGGGAGGUGUCCGCCGCCUUCCUCACGGCCCUGCAGAACACAUCGGUGCUGGAGGUGGACAAAGGCAGAACUUUCAUACAAGACUACGAUGAGUGUGAGAUGAGGGAGGAUGACUGUGAGCCUGGGAUGUGCAGAAACACCUUCGGAUCUUUCACGUGUAGCUGUGAUGGGGGAGACUCACAUGUGGAAUAUUCUGGAAGAUCCUGUGAUGGUGGCUCUUCUAGCAACACAAUCCAGACCCCAGGCCCAGAGUGGCCCCCUACCCCAGCAGGAACCAGAGUUGACCCUGUGCCAGAUGCCAGCUCCGUGCCCCAGGACCCACCCCUGCGGCUGAACCUGACUGAUGCGGUUGGAGUGUCCUGCGAGAUUGAGACAGUGGUCAUUACCAUCCAGAAACGCUUCCUGCAGCAGGAAGCCAUACCCGAGGCCUCCCUGUACCUGGGGGAGCCCUCCUGCAACGUGAGCAACAGCAACAGCACGCAUGUCUUCCUGGUGGCUGGCUGGGGCCAGUGUGGGACCCUCGUGCAGAGCAACAUGACCAGCACAGUGGUGACGACCACACUGAAGAAUGACCUGUCCCCAGAGGGUGUCAUUCACCACCUGCAGAUCCUCAGUCCCAUCCACUGCGCCUUCCGCAAUGACCUUCUGACCUCCUCAGGCUACACCCCGCAGUGGGGGGUCUACACCAUCAUAGAAGACCUCCACGGCACUGGGAACUUCGUCACUGAGAUGCAGCUGUUCAUUGGAGAUUCUCCCAUACCUCAGAAUUACAGUGUGUCUGCCAGUGAUGAGAUCAAGAUUGAAGUGGGGCUCCACAGGCAGAAGAGCAGCCUCAAGGUGGUGCUGACCAAGUGCUGGGCCACCCCAUCCAGCAACGCCAGGGACCCCGUCACCUUUGGCUUCAUCAAUAACAGCUGCCCAGUCCCCAACACCUACACCAGCGUGAUCCAGAAUGGCAACUCCAGCAAGGCCCAGUUCAAGCUGAGAAUCUUCUCCUUCGUUAACAAUUCUAUCGUCUUCCUGCACUGCAAGCUGCGAGUGUGUAUGGAGAACCCCAGGAACUCAUGCAGGAUAAGCUGCAAUGACUUCCGGCUGCUGAGAAGCAGUGAAGCUGAGCACCAGAUGUCCUGGGGGCCGCUCCAUCUCUCUGAAGGUGAACCUGCACGUACAAAUCCAGGCCUGGGGACCCGUUACAUCAUUAUCAUUGCGGUAGCUGCAUUUACUGUGGUGGCAGGCGCUACGACCCUUCUGAUCUUGCAUUACCAGAGAAUGAGGGGCAAAUACAGUCUCAGAAUCCAGACCGAUGACUUCAGCUACCAGGUGUUCACUCAGUAGGCUACCCAGCUGAUCGGGAGACAGAGCACACUGUAAAUAAGGUCCGGUGAUUAAUUCAUCAAGCGUUGGCAGGGCUCCACUCUGGGCAGUGCUGUGUCAGCCCUUGGGGAUGAGCCCCCAUGAUGACAACCACCUCUGUCUGCCCCCAAGAGGCUGAAGAUGCAGAGCCGAACCCACCAGGCCGGUGACAGGUCUGCUGAAUAUGUGACAGGGUGCUGGAGUGGCCCUCAACCUCAAACCUAGCAUAAACCCGGCCCCUCCAUUACCUAAACUGCCAUUCAA